UGUGGUCGUGUGCAUGUGUAACUAUGGCAACUGAAAAGAUGGAGGCUGGGGGUAAUGGUAAGGAAGAGACUGACCAGCAACACCAGCUCCCCAAGAGAGUCCAGCAACAUUUGGACAUAGAGAGAGCAGGAGUGAAGCCAGGGCCAACAAGAGUUGAAGUUAUGGGACUUAACACAAGAGCUUAUCUUGAUCAGACUGUAGUCCCUAUACUGAUUGAGGGCAUGGCCGUCCUGGCAAAGGAAAGACCUCCUGACCCGAUUGAGUAUCUGGCAGCCUACCUACUGAAAUAUAAGGAACGUUAUCAAACUGAUUAUUAUCCAAAGGAAAAGAGCUCAUGAUUUGUGUAAAAUUCAUAUAAUAUUUAAUGGAAAGAAAGAACCAGCAAUGAAUCAGCUACCUUGUACUUCAUGUACAGUUGUAUCCAAA